GGGUGAACCUCCCAAAUCUGCUUUUACUCGGAGAGUGAAAUCGUUGUGCGAAUUAGAGAGCACAGGUGGAGCAGGUGGAUGCGGAUUGCCAUUACUUCUUUUUGUCAGAGUCCUCAGGCUAAAACAUCAACCAGAACAGUUGCGUUUGAACACUUAUUUUCACUACGUCCGCGUGAAUGUCCCUAGAAGUUCUCUACUCGUAAAUCUUUGACAUUCCAAAAUGGCUCCAGGAGCGGGCGCGUCUUCCUCCUCUUCCUCGACGAAGCAGAUGUCGAGUACGGCUUUGGAGGUGGAAUUUUGGAAGUUUCUUGCCGGUGAUACCGUUUCCCUGAAGCAGAAAAUCCCCGAUGUGGCCAUUUUCACCAAGCGGUUCCACUUCGAGGGGCACUACCACAGCACGAAGACGGGGCUGUUGGCGAAGAAGCCCAACGCCACCGUGGAUUCGUUUCUCGCCCGCGUGCUGGAUAUCGCCCAGGAACGGCACACGGCAAAAAACCAGCCGUUCGGCAGUCACACGCCGGCCGCCAUUUUGCGGAAGGUCGCCCCGGUGGCCGGAGCGAAAGACAAAGAGGGGUGUCCGGUGGCGGUCAUACUCACCUCGUCGGAACUCUCGCAAAUCAUCCAGCAAAUAAAAAACAAGUCCUUUGACGACUGCGAUGUACUGAUUUGUACGUAGGAUAGCCUUCCGUAGUACGUGGCUUGUUUCGGUUUCAUGUUGAGAAUGCGUGUACGUACUAAUUUUUGCUACAUAUUUUUACUGCUGGACUAACAUUGACACACGACAUCGGUCUCGAUCUCCAUCUAACAGGUAUUCAGCAUCCAGGCGAUUGUCGAGCCGUUCGAAGACCAGAGAAUAGUGUCUGUCUACAGCUGCGAUCUGAUGGGUGAGGAGCGGUCGGACAUCUUUGGCCGGACGUUCCAGAAAGUUUAUCCAAUCGAGCAGGGAAAACCAAUAGAAAUACAAACGCCGCAGGACGUUGCGAUGGACAAGUAGAAUGAUUGAGAAACCUAAAUUUCGUUUAGUGCUUCUUUUUGCAUCAGGACAUCUAUUAGCAUACAGUAUGCUAUCAUCAUUCCUCUGCGAGCGAGUAUACUUUCUGGUCCUUGCUUCUUCUUCAAAAAUCUUCAACGACGUAAUAAUCUACGAAUCACUUCCAGGUGCGAGCAGAUUUUUCCGGCCCGCCGUGCGCUCGUGGAGUCAAAAACGCUCGCCUUGGUCCGGUACGCGAGGAGAUUUUACGAAAUUGCACUGGACGGAUUUAUAUCAAAUGUAAAAAUGUCUGGGUCUGGAAGAUUGGAACUUGUAAUGCUGGUCUUGCAUUCCUGUGAAAUCUGUAUUGCGUGACCAUCAAGAACAGUGGUAGCCUCUUCUGUCAUACAAAAACGCAGUUUCUCAUGCGGAGUUCGUAUGAGCAAGCGUGCUGCAGCCUCGUCAUGCUUUCCUGCAUGAGCAAGUGACUUCCUCUUGCACAUUUUAGCAUCACAAAUUUCCAGACCCAGACAUUUUUACAUUUGAUAGUUUAUCGCCGAGUGGCUCGUGGACAAGAAUGACCAGCUGGUUUUGCACGGCUUCUGGUCCGCGACGGUCUACAAGGGAACCUUGAUCCCAGCGGAUCCGGGGAAGAAGUUGCAGGACCGACCGGGGCCGGCGAAGGCUUACCCUUUCCCGACAGACGUGAAGUCCAUGUCACUGCCGGAGUAUAGAUUGCAAGUCUUUGGUUUAUUUGCGAAAGAACUUUAUUUGCGUGAUGAUCAUUCUGCAUGGCAAAGUCGGUUUUGUAUGGUCUCUGCGCAUGACAAGUUGUGAGAACUACAAAGUUCUUCUACGCCACUGCAGGUACCGAUACGACCCCAACACCACAAAAGCACACGCGACCAUGGAGGAAUAUGGCGUUCUCAACUGUUACAUUCUCAGCUGUUACAUGAAUUUUUUGUCAUGCAGAACAACCAUCGAGAUCCACACAAGAAAGCUGCUUCGCAUGACAAAUUUGCGAAGGGCUAAACAGCACCUAAAUCUGUGCAGGACUUGUAAUGCUAGAGGUGCAACCUCCCCCCUUUCACUUUUGCAAUUCUUGCAUCACAAAUUCAUGUAACAGUUGAGAAUGUAACAGUUGAGAACGCCAUAAGGAAGAAAUCAAGAAGAAAAAGCUCGGACAGAAAGAAGUUGACGAGUUGGUCGACCGGAUUGUCGGGAGAAAACGCGGCGAGGAACCGCAAAUCCUGCUGGAAGCCUGGAGCGACGACGAUUAUUUAGGCGAGGUGGUGUUGCCGCAGUUGUCCAACCUAGAAGCAGUCAAGGGACUGAAAAGCUACGAAAUCGGGCGUCCGAACCAGAAAACCACACGGCUGGACGGAAAGAAAACCAGAUUCAUGAAUGACAGCACGGUACAAGUUGAUGGAUUUUGUCAUCAGCGAAUUCUUGUUUUCUCCUAGGUGGAAUCUGCUCGAUCAUUACAUGUGACAUUUGCACCGGGGACCACGAAGGUACUAGUCUUUUUUUUCAUUCUGCACGACCGCAUGACAAAAUGGCCAAUUUAUAUAUAAUUUAUUUCUAUCUCAGGUAACUCUCGAAUUGAAGUGGCAGGGCAACGGGGAGCCCUUCGCAAACGAACUGCGCAUUUUACUUUCCCACGGGCAGUUUGCCAUGCCCUGCAACCCGAGGAUACAGCUGUGGCUGCGCUACGAAGAGGAAUAUUCCCCGCUGUGGACGAGUCAGGUGCACAAACAAACCGCGUUUCCGCAGUUUAAGGAGCAGGCAGAUCUUAUCAAAUGGAAAAAUGUCUGGGUCUGGAAGAUUCUGACACUUGUCAUGCACGUUUUGCAUGAGCCAUGAUGUCUGUGAUGCAUACCCUAGCAAUACAGAUUUUUUGAGAGCUUCUCGAUGCCUAUUCCGCAUGACAAAUGCCUUCUCAGCGUAGCCAACAUUUGCCCACGCAGAGCCGUCCUCUUGCCGGACACAACCAACAUCUGUCCGAAACAGCCUAGGGCCAAGACGACACCGUGAGGACGACCACAGGGGGUCCGUCUCAAUGAUGAUGAUGAUGUAGCAAAAAUUGCAUUCCCUUUGGUACUCAUGCAACACUCGAUUUUUUUGGAAUCCAGAUGCAGCAUCACAAGUUGCAUUCUUCCAGACCCAGACAUUUUUACAUUUGAUAGAUCUGAAGAUAGAUUUUAGCAGUGGCGACGACAACGGGGCCGUGCAGCAGUGGGACAAAACCAAGAAAGUGGCCAGGUCCGCCGGGUCCGCAGAAGCGGGGGCUGGGGGGAUCGGCGGUACUGAGUUUUUUCUGGUUUGGCUGUUUUACUUGUCUCUAGCAUGAUGCGCAACUCGUUUUGACCUUCGCUGUCAUGCGAGAUGACACAAUAGGUUCAUUCUUCUUGCCUCACAACAUCUUUACCUGUUGAGAAGCACUACUACAGCCACUACCAGCAAAAAUGCCCGAGCGCGAUCAGCCGGGCCGAGCAAAGUGGGGCCAAACACACACGUCGCCGGGGCAAGGUUAAAAGAGCACUGGGGCGUCGACGGUUUGGAGGGAAUUAUGAGCACCCACGUGCUGGCGUCGCAGGUUUUGUCCAGGUAAACAUUUUUGUACGACUUGUGCAUGAGACUCAGGCAGCUGCUUUCCAUGAUACGUAAAGAGAAAUCUUCUACAGGAGAAAAGAUUUUUUUUGUCUUCGCAUGAACUACUUACGACCCAAACAAAUCAAAUCCCAGGUAUCAAACCGAGCGCACAAACCGGUGUCAGAUGCUUUCUGUUCUCGCGAGACAACUGGAGCGAUUCCGGGACGUGCAACUCUCCUGGCAGGAGCAAAGAAUGGCCGCACGCGCGGCGGUGUCGAAGGCGCAGCAGGACGUGGUAGAAAAAGAGGAGGAAGUGAAAAUGCUGAUAAAAGAGAAAGAGGACCUGGUCCGGGAUUACAAGAAGAGACUAGAGGUACUUACUACUAAAUGUUCCAGUUUGAUGAAAAUGCAACUAACAUUGCGGGACUCUAGCUCUACCGUGCAGAUGAAGAUGACACACCGCUCUUCUCAUGCUGUUGACGCAAGAUGAAAACUGAUUCAGAAUUCUAUAGUACGCAUAGAGUAAAGGCAAAAACUUUAUUAUUUCCUCUCUAUCAGGCGAUGUUCCGCGGGGUGACCAAAGACCUUGACGAUAUGAAAGCCCAGAAGAUCAUAUCGGAAAACAAGCUCGCCGAAUCGGUACAGAUAUGAAAGUGCACAACUCCCCCUCCCCCUCAUUUGUAAUGCAAAAUAGCAAAUCCACGUCUUGCCUCCAAGCACAGUGCGCAUGACAAAUUUAUUUGGAGCCUCAAAGAGUACCAUAAUCCGUCUGCAAAUUUGUCAUGCGGAUGAAGCCACAUUUCUGGCGUUGCUUGUGUUGCUGCUCAUGCAAUACAAAUGAGGGGGAGGGGGAGUUGUGCAGUCUCAUAACAGAGAGAAGCUGAGCAAACACGGAUGAUCGAGAAGCUGGAGCAGAGAAAUAUGACCUGCUCAAACGUUACAAUCUUAAACGUUACAACAGCGUCUGGGUUUUGUAUUGCAUGAUGAGCAUGACAGGCUCGGACAGCAUUCGACUUUCUGCAAUACAAAUUUCGCCGGAUUGUAGUGCGAAUUGGGACUCCAGAACUUGUCAUGCGCAAUCCUAUGAGAGUUGGCGAGAUAAUGCACUUCUUGCAACACAAAUUCUAGACUCUAUUCGUAACAAACGAGAUUGUAACACCUGAGCAGGUUAUAGGAAAUUCCGCGCUGCGCGCGACGGUGGAUAAGACCAUGACCAAGAUGAACCAGCUCUCGGACGGCGCGCCGGCCAUAUGA